AUGGCACAGUCGUGGCGGCCUAGGACUUUAUCGAAGGAUGAUCGAAGAGCGGCAGAGUUCGAGAACCGCGCAGAGAUUGGUGAUGUGCGAAUUCGUCGAGACAUGCGUUGCGCUCGCGUGCUCGGCCACGAUGACCCACUAAAUGCUCACGAGCUGAAGAAUGCGACAACGCAGGGGAACCUAUCAGAGGCAUCCUGGCUUGUUCAGCUGCACCUCAGCGCGUUUGACAUCGCGACUUCUCCUCAAGCCACCAUAAAGCCUUCGACCGCUGUUUGUCUGCUCUUUGCCGGAUUUCACCUGAUUCCCUCGAGACUCGUUAAAGGAGUCUCAACAUUGCCCCUGGCUUACUGUGCACUCGAUCUUGGCCGUCAACAAGACGUUUUCGACAGCGGUCUCAGCGAUGCUUUGUCGAUGGUGACGUGUGAUGGCAUGCAAGGCUCGAAAUAUCUUUUGAGAUAUGUCAUGGGUGACAAAGAUCUUUUGACGACGCUGUACACACCGGCAGCGACGGUUACGCUGCGACGCUUCGUGUAUGCAGUUGUCGCAACCACAAAGCCUCACUCAGCACCUGCGAAAGAUCUCGUAAACCGCGGAGUUGCUCCUUCCACAAGCGCUGGUGUUGUCUCUGCUGUCUCACGAUUGCCCAAAGUCCUCGUGCGACCCUUAGGCACCAAAUGGUGGCUGUUCCGCACCAGAGUUGUCGCGCAGCGCGCAGUGUCCCUCCAGCCUUCAACCAGCACACUGCUGCUUCGCGAUACGCUGCUUCGACGCAGGCCCACCUUAUCACGAAGGAAGGGAUCCGUUGCCGAGUCAACGGCUUUCCUAUGGGUCUUGUGGGUAUUGAGAGACGUCUGGAGCAGCGCAGUCUUACGUGCUGAUGGGUUUGGUGAGGAAGCGACAUUAUACGCGACUCAGUUGUUAACCGAAGGAUGCAGUCGAUUGCCAGAACAGACCGCAAACGGCCAAGCGAGGCUUGUUCUGGACGAAGUUGACAGACACUCCCCUACACCUGCGAUCGACAGUUGA